AUGCAUCAAACCUCGUCUCGUCUGCUGCGUCAGACCGACGAUGACCGUCCUUUCACCAGAGAUCUCAAGGAUCUUUUCUCCACGCUGAUGGUCAGCUUGCCCUUGACCCCCCACCGAGUCCGCUUCACAAAGGUCGAGCACACCUUUACUACCGAUGAAGCUCUGACCAACCUUGGUUCUCUCAAAUUCUCCCAGUCCAACCGCAUGCCCGACCCAAAGGACCCCUCCAGAAUUGUCACCACCACCACCACCACAACUUUCUCUAUGGCCAAGGAGAUGGCUCGCACCGUCUGCAACAGAUUUGUCGAGGCGAGAUUUGUGGAAUCCCUCGAUGGCAAGACAGACUUCAGCUCAAGGAGUUCCGUAUGGCAAUUGAGCCCCAAGGGUAUGCGUGUUCUCACUCGCUUCUGUCAGCGUAAUGGCAUCCACCAACGUCACGUCAACGAACUGCUGGACUCUCCUCGCAACACCAUGCAACUCGUCAUCCUCGAACGUGUGCCCGACAACGAUAACAUCAACAUCGACCGCGGAACCAUCGAGGUUGUUUUUAGACGUUUCUGUGGCGAGGAAGGCCCCAACCUCAAGAGCACCGCCACCGCAGACUCCGAGUCGAUACAUGAUUAUGCAACUGGCCUGGUCGGAGUACAUAUGAUGAGAUCCCGUAAGCAGUUUGAGAAGGACACACCCUACAUGUUCACAGGCAAGUCCGCGCUCGACUGGCUCAUGGACUGCUGCAUGGUGGUAAACAGAAAGGAAGCAUGCGACAUUGCUCAGCAAUUCAUGGUUCACCAACUGAUCGUCAACCUCACUGAAGAACGCAACUCACCAGCUGCCUCUCGUUUCCAGCCCCUCAAGACGGCGCAUUACGGUGUUACUGAGAAGGGUAUGAGAAUUGCUGGCUGGGUCAGAAGUCCGAACGGAUCUAUCAAUGGCGAACCCGUUGUCGUAAAGCUGCCCCCUGGUGUCGCUCGUGAUUCCAACACCACCAGAAUGUCACAAAUCAUUCACGACCCAGCUCAGCGCCUCGUGUUCCGCGAGUUCCUACAAGAGACUCACUGCGAGGAGAAUCUCACAUUCUAUCUCGAAGUCAGAAGCUUUCUGUUAGACUACAACUCUGCCAAACGCUCGGUUCCGGCUCCCCGUCUGGAUCUCAUCCGCGAAACCCUGGCUUCGGCAUACAGUCUGUACAAUGCUUUCCUGGCUCCGGGUUCGCCGUGUGAGCUGAACAUUGAUCACAAUCUACGUAACGCUCUCGCUAGCCGCAUGACCCGCGCCGUAGGUGAAGACACCGAAAUGAUUGCCAGCUUGGACGAGGUCGCCACUUUGUUUGACCAGGCUCAGACCAGUGUAUUCAAGCUUAUGGCUAGUGAUUCGGUGCCCAAGUUCAGCAGAGACCCCAAGUACAUCAGAAUGCUUGAAAAUCGUACCAACUACGACCAAAUGAACGCAGCCUUUUCUGCUGCCUCGGUCUCAUAA